AUGGAACAAACAUUGAAGAAAAAAGAAGAAAGCGCCACUGAUGCUUCAGGCGAGGCAGCAGCAGCUGCUCCUGCGGGUGGUGCUGCCGCAGUUGCUGCUGCUGGGAAUGUAAGCAGCAGCAACAGCAGCAGUAAUAGCAGCGGCAACAACAGCAGCAACAGCAGCAGCAGCAUCCAGGCAGCUGUAGGCAAGCAGCAGAAAGAUUCUGCCGCUGCAUCUGCAAGGGCAGCAACAGCACCCAACGAACCGCCGCAAGGAACAGCAGCAGCAGCAGGAGCAGCACCAGCAGCAGCAUCAACAGCAACCGCAACAGCAGCAGCAACAGCAGCAGCAGCAGCAGCAAGGUCAAGCAGCAGCAAACCAGGAGAAGAUGUACAGUGGAACAGUCUACUCUGCAAGCACUUCCUCUUCGGCCGCUGUGCCCGCAAACGCUGCCGCUUUUUGCAUGCAGAAGGAGCAGCAGCAGACACCAAGACAGCAGCAGCAGCAGCAGCAGCAGCAGCAGCAGGUACUGCCACUUCUGCUGCUGCUGCUGCGGCGGCAGCAGCAGCGGGGGACUCCGGUUGUGCAGGAACUCAGGCAACUGCUCCGCAUGCACACCAACCCUACGACCUGCAACAGCAACAGCAGCAGCAGCAGCAGCAGCGUCAGCAGCAGCAGCACAAUAUUAACGCCAGCAACGGAUUACCCGUGCAAGGACCCAACGGCAGCAGCAAAAACCCUGAAGAUGGAAGCUCUGGUAGCGGCAGCAUGAAGCAGAAGCAGCAGCAGCAACAGCAGCAGCAGCAGCAGCAGCAGCAAUCACAGAGACAGCACCGGCAGCAACAUCGGCAGCAGAGGCAGCAGCAGCGUGCCCAGCAGCAGCAGCAGCAGCAACAGCACUUCUACAAGGGCAGAGGAGCGAUGCUGCUGCCGAGCUACAGCGGGAAGAAUGCUCUGCAGUCUGCUGCUGCUGCUGCUGAUGCCUCUGGCAGCAAAGCCACAGCACAGGGGACUCUGCGAGGCCUUGUAGAUUCUAGUAUAACGCCUGCAGCAGCAGCAGCAGCAGCUGCUGCUGCUGCUGCUGCUUCUGCUGGUUCAGCAAACACAGCUUCUGCUGCUGCUGUCGGCCUUCCAGCAGCAUCAGCAGCAACAGCAGCAGCUAGCAACGCCUCGCAGCACUUUUGUCUCCCUAACCCUUCUUGGGGUUACACCAAGCCAGGUCUCCCUUCAUGCAGCAGCAGCAGCAGCAGCACUGCAGUAGCAGCAGCAGCAGCUGCUGCUGCUGCACUUCGCAGUCACAGGGCGCCCACCACAGAAGAGCGGCUUCCAGCAGCCGCAGCAGCAGCAGCAGCAGCUGCAGCACUUGGGCGGGGAACUAGCUUUGGGGGAGUAAAGGCCGUGCCACCUUCAUCUGCUGCAGCAGCAGCAGCAGCAGCAGCAGCAGCAGCAAUGGGUUUCCGCAUAGACAGCGGCGUGGGGGCCCCUCAGGGGCCCCUAAAAGACCUACGAGGUGUACAGACAGCUGAAGGGCUUGCAGACAGAUACCAGGCCCCCUUUGUGUGCGUCUACAUUCCUUACUCCGGCUAUUUAAUUCAUUUCCCAGCAACAAGAGACUCAGCAGCAGCAGCAGCUGCUGCUGCUGCUGCCGCUGCUGCUGCUGCUGGGCCCUCCGUGCAGACGCAGCACCCGACUAUUCAUACAAAAGGAAAGAGAGCACCCCCAGAUUUCUGCUCCAGCCUCCGCAUGCAAGAUGCUGCUGCUGCUGCUGCUGCAGAAGCAGCAGCAGCUGCAGCAGCAGCGGGUGCCACUCCUACCUACUGCUGCAACUCAGAAUAUGAAAAGCAGCUCCAGCUGCAGCAGUCGCAGCAGCAACAAUACCAGCAGCAGCAAAGGCACUGCUUAACUAGAGGACUCUCAGCAGCAGCGAAUCCAUACGCACCGCCGCCCCCUCCGCAGCAGCAGCAGCAGCAGCAGCAGCAACAGCAGCAACAGCAAUUUACGGGUCAGCGACGGAACUCAGAUUUCCCCCAGCAGCUGCUGCUGCUUUCCCAGCAGCAGCAACAACAGCAGCAGCAGCAGCAGCAACAGCAGCAGCAGCAGCAGCAGCCACCACCACCGCCACCGCCUCCCCCGCCUCCACAGCAGCAGCAGCAGCAGCUACCUCUUCUGCAGGAGCAGCUGCAGGGCCUGUGUAUACCGUCGGCAAAGGGAGGUUUUUCUCUGCUCUCAAAUGCAUCCGUGUCUUCCUUCUUCAGCAGCAGCAGCAACUACGAGCAGCAGCAGCAACAACAACAGCUUCUGCUGGGGGAGCCAACAACAGCAGCAACAGAAGGAGAUGAGGAGACUGCUGCUUCGCAGCUGACUCCCGAUUGUAGCAGCAGCAGCAACAGCAACAGCAGCAACAACAGCAGCAGCAGCAGCGGGUCUGUUGCUGCAGCAGCAGGUGCAGCGGCAGUUGCAGCCACAGGGAAAACCGAACAGCAGGAGCAGCAGCAGCAGCAGCAGAAAUCCUUAUGGUGCGGCCUUCAAGCAGCAGCACCGCAACACCGAACUUGGGCUCAGGCUGCUCACGAGUCGCAGCAGCAGCAGCAGCGGCAGCGGCAGCAGCAGCAGCAGCCCUUUUGGUUGCCUUCAUUAGAUUCUCUGGAUGGAGAAGCAGCAUGGCAGGGAGGAGACUGCAGCGGAGACCUUCCUGCUGCUGUUGCUGCUGCUGUUGCUGAGGCAGCGAGUGUUGCUGCAGGCAGCAGCAGCAGCAGCAGCAGCAGCGGCGUUCCCUGCAUUGAGAAGAGACGGGGGAAGCAAAAUCUGUUUGCUGCUUUCCAAGAUGAAAGAAAUGCUGCUGCUGCAGCAGCAGCAGCAGCAGCAGCAACGCCGCGAGACAUGGGCGAGCUGGCGCAGCUGUCUCCGACUGCAGCACUAAUUGCUGCAAUAUGGGGGGCAGAAGAACCCUCCUCCUGUCCCGUUGCUGUCUCCAAGUAG